AAACUUUGUUUACUUUGAUUCUGUGAUCUCAUUACAAUUCGACGAAGUGCAACGAAGUGAGAUCAGAAUUCUCAGAUACAACGAAAAAACUGCAAGAUCUUGUUGUCGAUUUAAUGAUUGUUUUAUGUUUAAAAGCCAAUUUCAGAAAUCAUUUUGGAAGAGAAUUAAAUAUCAACCUCACGGUGGAAAAAGGAAGAUGAAGCAGAAACAGAAGCAGCCACAGAGUUGCAGAUAGAGGCAUCAACUGCAUCACUAACAGACACCCUUGAGCCCCAGACGUUACAAGAAAGCAGUAUGGCUAGUUUUGACCCUGAGGAGCAAAGACUUCUGAGGAAAACGUCAUCCAGAAGUGCUGAGAGUGAUGUCACCAAAUAUCCCAUCAAACGGCUUGAUCUGUCGAUCAGAAAGUUUGUAAAAGUUCUGGAUAUUGAUCUAGAUCGGCUGUAUAAGCAUUCUGUGAAUAUCUCUCGGUUAAUGAAUUCGGAGGACUGGAAUGCCCUUCACAAGGAGCAAGUUAAUGCCUCUCGCACCGUCCAACAGAUUACAGCAAACAUCAAGGAAAUUGAAAAAGCUAGAGAUAAGGUGAGAGAUGAGGAUCUUGAAGAAUUUGAUGCUCGAGUUAAAGAAGUGAAAAUGAAAGCGCUGUCAUCAAUGCAAGAAUUUCUCCCCUUUGUGGCCAUGGAUGAGGCUGCUUCUUCCACUGAGCUUGGCGCAGAUAUGGACGGUCUCAGACUCGAGGGGAGGACAGGUCACGGUGACCUCAAGAUUCCCGCCGGUGUGAGGCAGACGUCAGGCACCAGCCGGCCCUACAAGAUGGUCCCGGUUGUCUCCACAGAUGUCAGCUCUCAGCAUUACGGAGCGCCGUUUGACAACGUGGACGGGGAGGAUUCAACCCCCACGCCAUAUGGGAGUCUUCCAGCCACGGUGACCACAAUGCCGGCCCCUGCUCUUAACGUGAAUCUUCAUGUUGUGCCCCACAACUCUGAUGCCUCAGGGUCUUGGGAACAGCUACAGGAGAAUAUAGUGGAGCUGAAUGAGCUUGUACAUCAGUUUGCAUCAGAAGUUGAGGAACAAGGAGAGGCCAUUGAUGCCAUAGAAGACCAUAUUGACUCUGCUCAUGAAAAUGUCAAAGAGGGAACCAAGAAGCUGGCACAGGCGUCCAAGUACAAGAGUGUCUUUCUGCCUGUGGUUGGGGCCGUUGUUGGGGGCGUCGUGGCUGGGCCUCUAGGACUUCUGGCUGGGGCGAAGCUGGGCGCUGCGGCUGGUGUUGUUGGUGGCACUGUGGGCUUUGCCAGCGGAAGGUAUGUGAAGAAACGGCAAGCUGCCAUCAACGAAGUGGAAAUGAGUAACUUGAGUGACAAGCGCUCCAUGUCCCUUCCCGAACUUCAACCAGGGACUGAGAGUGCCGAGAAGAAUGGCUCCAUUGAUGGUGUGAGAGAGGCUCCGGCCGAGCGAGGGAUGGAACGGGGCAGCCUCUCUCACCAGCAGCAGCAGCAGCAGCAGCGACCAGGGGAGGAACAGGCGGAGGAGGAGAGUAUGUCGGGCGAUAUAUCCGAAGUUUUCACCAGCAUGACUUCUUCUUUCAAAAGAUUUUUCUCCUUCUCGGAAGAAGAGUCGAAUUCAUAAUUUUUGUACUUUUUUUUGUAUCACUGCAUCUUUUCACAUGUGUAUGGAAAGUGUUCUCUUUUAAUUUCAGCAGAGCAGUCUGUUGGGUAUUUUUUUAAGCUGCUCUUUGUUGAAGAUGCUAUUCCGCUCAGCUUUGGUUUCCCCUGGUAUUCAGGCUCAUUGUGUGUGACCGUUUGUAAGGUGUAACAUUUUGGUACUGUAAAAAGGUCUAUGAUAGGAGGUUAAAUUUAUGGAAUUUUUACUGUCUGUGUCUGGCGUCCACCCACUCCAUUCUGGUGUGUUGAAUGAAUGGAAAUAAAGAAGAAUUUGUGACAUUUGGUGGCAGAACAUUUGGUCGCUUUAAGCCCCUAUCCCGAAAAA